UCUCUCUCUACUGUUAUCAACAACACCUAUUCUCUCUUUCUCUCUCUAUCUGAUGAAGAAGAUGAGAUGAGGAAGAGGAUUAUAUGAACUAGGAGCUGAGCCUUGAGAAGUACAUAUCUCUGACGCCUCUGUAUUUUGGAGACUUUUCUCUGUUUUCUGCUUUUCUCACUAGAGCCUACAUUGGACUGGCGAACUAUAUUUUUCUUCUUUUCCGGCCGAAUUUAGUAAUUCAUCUUCAGCGACGACGGUGAAACUCAUCGGUCGCUGUUCCGGAAAUUGGAUAACUGCUUUUCUUUCUCUAGCAUUUGCUCUUAUUGGAGAUUAGUUAGAGAUGGAUCGGCGGAGUUGGCCUUGGAAGAAGAGGUCAGACAAAUCUGGAACUGAGAAAGCAGUUGCUGUGUUAGAGGCGGCCGCCGGUGCUUUGUCAUCAACUGGUUCUCAGAGCGAACAGGAUAACUAUAAGAAGCCAAACUACGUUCAAAUUUCUAUUGAAUCCUAUUCACAUCUAACUGGAUUGGAGGAACAAGUAAAGACAUACGAGGAGCAAGUAAAUGGAUACGAGGAUCAAGUAAAGAGUUUAGAAGAAACUAUAACCGAACUAGAUGAGAAAUUAUCCGAAGUUCAAUCAGAGAUAACUACAAAGGAAACCCUAGUGAAACAACAUGCCAAAGUUGCAGACGAAGCUGUUUCAGGUUGGGAGAAAGCAGAGGCAGAGGCUUUGGCUCUGAAAAACCACCUAGAAUCUGUUACAUUACUCAAACUUACAGCUGAAGAUCGAGCAUCACAUUUGGACGGUGCACUCAAGGAAUGUAUGAGGCAGAUUCGUAGCUUGAAGGAAGAUCAUGAAGAGGAAUUGCAAGAUGUAGUUCAUGCCCACACAAAGCAAUUGGAUAAAAUAAGAACCGAAUUCGAAUCAAAAGUAUCUUACUUGGAUCAAGAACUUCUCAAAUCAGAAGCAGAGAAUGGGGCAAUUUCAAGGUCAUUACAGGAACGUUCCAACAUGUUAAUGAAAAUAAGUGAACAAAAGUCUCGGGCAGAUGCAGAAAUCCAAUUACUGAAGAGCAAUAUCGAAAUAUUCGAGAAAGAUAUAAACUCGCUGAAAUACGAGCUCCAUGUUACUACCAAAGAGCUUGAAAUUCGUAACGAGGAAAAGAAUAUGAGUGCAAGAUCUGCAGAAGUGGCAAACAAACAGCAUCUAGAAGGAGUCAAGAAAAUAGCUAAGCUAGAAGCAGAAUGCCAAAGGCUACGUGGUCUUGUGAAGAAGAAGUUGCCUGGUCCUGCAGCACUGGCUCAAAUGAAGUUAGAAGUUGAGAGUUUGGGAGGAAGGGAUUAUGGAGAAACUAGACUUAAGAAGUCUCCAGUCAAGCCGUCUAGUCCACAUCCAUCUCACACGUCUGAAUUUUCAUUUGACAGCAUUCAAAAGUUUCAAAAGGAGAAUGACUUUCUCACUGAAAGACUAUUCACAAUGGAAGAAGAAACAAAGAUGCUGAAAGAAGCUCUAGCUACCCGCAAUAGUGAGUUGCAGGGUACACGAAAUAUGUGCGCUAAGACAUUAGCCAAGCUCCAGUUGUUAGAAUCCCAACAGCAAAGUCCCUCAAAAUCUUAUCUUCGGACUUCAUAUGAAGGGUCCCUUGGUCAAAAUGUCAGCAGUCCACCAAGCAUUGCAUCAAUGUCUGAAGAUGAUAAUGAUGCUGCACUGCUGGUCUCCGAACUCUCUCAUUUGAAAAAGGAAAAGACUGUUGAGAAACCUAACAAGGUCGAAAACAGUAAACACUUGGAACUAAUGGAUGAUUUUCUGGAGAUGGAGAAACUCGCAAAUGGAGACCUUGCAGAUUCGAAUGUUUCAAGCAAUAUAACAUCUGAAGUCAAAAAUCAAGAUGCACAUGAAAGGUUGUCAGAAGCCUCUUCAAAAUCUGGUGAAGAUCUGUCUCCCUUGGUGAAGCUCCAAUCAGAAAUAUCCAAGCUGAUCGAGUCGACAGUGAAAGAUGCUGAGAUAGAAAAAGCUCUGGAUAGCAUUAAGCAUCUUGUAGAGGAAACACGAGGUAGCAUGCACGAUACAGCAGCAGCAGCCGAAGAAAUCUCUUCAGUGAGCGACAAGGGUUGUGUAAUAACUGAAGAAACAGUAUCUGCAAUUUCUCAGAUUCAUGAAUUUGUGUUGGUUCUGGGGAAGGAAGCCAUGUCUGUUCAGGGAAGAUCAUCUGAUGGUGCCGAUGGAUUGAGCAAAAAAAUUGAUGAAUUCUCUUACACCUACGAUAAGGUUAUUAACUGUAAAUCAAGCUUGAUUGAUUUUUUAAUUGACCUAUCACAUGUUCUGCUGAAGGCUAGCAGCAACCUUCAAGUUAAUGUCCUUGGUUACAAAGACAAUGAAGUGGAAUCAAUUGUUUCCGAUUACAUAGACAAGGUUGCAUUACCCGAAAACAAGCCUGUUCAAGAAUACCCCAACGGAAGUGGUGACUUUUCUUCUGACUCGACAUCUGACCCCGAUGUUCCCCACGAAGGAAGCUUUGUUCCAACCUCUGAAUCAAAGGCUUUGCCAUGGAAAUGCUCGUUUGAGGAGUUUGAACAGUUGAAACUCGAAAAGGAGAAACUGUUUGUCGAACUAGAGAGAUGUACUCAAAAUCUAGAAACCACGAAAAACCAGUUACACGAAGUGGAACAGAUUCUGGCGGAAGUUAAAUCUCAAUUAUCAUCUGCUCAGAAAACGAAUGGAUUGGCCGAGACACAACUGAAAUGUAUGGCAGAGUCUUACAAUUCACUUGAGAAACGUGGGGAGGAGUUACAGACGGAGGUGAACCUUUUACAAACGAAGAUAGAGAAUAUAGAUAUGGAGCUUCAAGAGGAAAAGAGAAAUCAUCAGGAUGCAUUGGCCAUGUGCAAAGACCUUCAGGAUGAAUUACAGAGGAUGGAGAAUUCUGCAGCUGAAGCUGAAAGCAAUAAUCAACAGGAAAAAGAGUUGGCUGCAGCAGCGGAGAAGUUGGUAGAAUGUCAAGAAAACAUAUUUCUACUGGGAAAGCAACUGAAAGCAAUGCGUCCCCCACAAACUGAAUAUGUUGGCUGGCCAUUUCAAGAUAAAAAUGAAAAACAAGAAGAAGGGGGGGAGUCAGUGCAACAUGAGAUGGACCCGUCCGUUAUUAUAGAGAGUGGAAGCAUAGACGAAACAUGGCAUUCAGAUGCCGAAACAACCACACCUACUAUCAGGUCACCCAAACAUUCGGGUAACAAGUCUGGUACGCCAACCCCCGAGAAGCAUUCUCGAGGGUUCAGCAGAUUCUUUUCCAGCUCCGGCUCCAAUUCGAAAGGUGGUAAGAGUGGUGAAUGAAUGAAUGAAUGAAUAAAGAUCUCUCUCAGUAUUGUAUGAUGAUGAUGGAGUGUUUGUUGUGUAAUGUAAUUUGAACAAGUUGUGGGGAAGAGGCUAACAAUUAUGGGAAUGUGUUUAAUUUAGGUGCGCAUAAUAAUAAUAAUAAUAAUAAAUACACAAAUCUGUAUUCGUUUGUU